AUGGCUUCUCGUAAAAACAAGCCGAUCGUUCAAGUUCAAGGAUAUGCAAUGCGUUUCAAAAAAAUGAACAAAAAUGGAACAGAGCUUUUUUACUGUGUCGAGCGAGAAAGACGAGCUCGAUGUGAUGCAGCUUAUCAUUUCGACAGAAUGAACAACACGUUCACUGUUAAAAAUCAGCAUGCGAGACACGACGAGGAUUUUGUCAGAAGUGAAGUGAAUCGAAACAGAAAACUCACCAACGCAUUGAAGGACGGGAGACUCAUCAAGACGCUAAUAAAUCAGCCAAUCCCGCCAAUUAUGCCUUUGACUGGUCUUAAUUUAUUAGACACCAUCUUCGACGCCCAUUCUGUUUAA